ACUUCGAUUCCUGGAGUUAUGGGCUUUUGAGGCUGUUGAGUGCCCAACGUGUUGUUACAGUGAUAAAUCUUAACAGCACAUUACUCACAGAAAUCUAUAGGAUUAUGGUGAGAGUGAAUAAUCUGAUCAGGAAAGCAUCUGUUUUGGAGUUUGCUGUUUCUUUUUGGAGUCAGGCUCCAAAUGCAUCUAAAAAGAAGCUGCAACCCGCUCCAGCUGUGGCUUUUGGCUCCUGCCUCCACAUUAUUGAUUUGCAGAGAGGAGUGCUGCUUCUGCUGCCCAAUAGGCUCCCGAGACAGUUUAAAAAAAGAGAGACAGGGGCAGAUGAAGGGAUGAGAUUGGUGUAACUUUUGGAUGACCCCUUCAUGACAAAGACAGUGUCCAUCAACUGUCCCCAGUCAUUAUUCGCUGCUUUUAUGCCAAGGGGCUUUUUGUAUCUUUUGUUGGUUUCUCUGUUGAAGCCUUCAAGAAACUGAUCUAUCUUUAUAUUUCUGCUUGGAUAAAACAUGCACAUGCAAAAGUUUAAAAAUUAUUUUCCCUAUGUUUAUCCUCUCAUAAUAAUGCAUGGGUUUUAAUCUGUAUUUUGGGUGCAUGUUUAACUUUCAGCGGGGCUUUUUUCUCACACAGUGCAGCAGAUUUACAUGUUUGUUUAUUCUCACGACCCUUAUCUAGGUGUAUCUUCAUUUAGGGAGAAACGCGUUUAGUUGUAUGUUUACUUGUGUUUGGACCCGCAUCACCUCCAUUGGCCGCUCUGGUCACAUGGUUCGCUAACUUUAUUCAGUUGACACCAAGUAGGAGGGCUCUAUGGAGGAGAGGAAAAAAAGACAACUCGAGAAAAAUUAGUAUUUUCUACCUUCAGAAAUUAAUGGCCAUGAGUUCGUAUAUGGUGAACUCUAAGUAUGUGGAUCCCAAAUUUCCUCCCUGCGAGGAAUACUCGCAGAAUAACUACAUACCUGAGCAGGGCUCGGACUUCUACAGCCCGGCGCAGGACGCGGACUUUCAGCACCCAGGGAUCCUCUUCCCGCGGUCAAACUACACGGAGCAGCCGUUCAGCUGCAGCACCGUGCCGGACCCCGCGGUGCAGCCGCGGGGUCACGCCGGCCACACGGCCAACUUUGGCGCAGAGACUGAGCAAGGGCCCCCGGUCCACGCGGCCGGACCUCGGACUUGUGGGCAGCAGCAAAACGCAAAGAGUGAAAAUGGGAUCCAAGCCAAGCAACCUGCAGUAGUUUACCCCUGGAUGAAGAAAGUUCACGUAACUACAGUGAACCCGGACUACACGGGAUCAGAGCCCAAGCGCUCCAGAACCGCUUAUACCCGCCAGCAGGUCCUGGAGCUGGAGAAGGAGUUUCAUUUUAACAGGUACCUGACCAGGCGGCGGAGGAUCGAGAUCGCCCACACUCUCUGUCUGUCCGAGAGGCAGAUCAAAAUCUGGUUUCAGAACAGACGGAUGAAGUGGAAGAAGGACCACAAACUGCCCAACACAAAAGGCAGAUCCGCGCCGGCCUCCGGCCAUCUGCAGAACAUUCAGAAGGACAACCAGACUGAUAUAACAGCGUUAUAAAGGACAGAGGAGGAUGCUUCAGGAUAUUUUCUCCAUUUGUACAUAAACGAAGACAAAGGCUGCAUUUUGACUUUGGCAUGGACUGAUGUCGUAUGAGCAUUUCUUAAUUUAACAAAACUGAUCCCAGCAAUUCUGUCUCAAGACUGAGUCAGAAAAUCUAUAAUUUUCAGUUACUGAGAGGUUUUAUUUUAUUUUAUUUUUAUUUCAUGUUUGAUACAUUUCCUCACUCAGUACGAAAAGCAAAUAUGUUUUUUAUUUAUUGGGCCUAAUAAUAUUUGUCAUUUAAAAAAAGCUCAAUUUUAAACUAUUUCCUCUCAAGUCAAUUUUAAAUUUUCAUAUUUCUUUUUUAUUUUAUUUUACUAGUUCAACAAUGAGACAAAUUGGUUCAAAUUUCCAAACAGUUUCUUUUAGUUUUUCAUCCAGUAAAACGCACAACACAGGUACUUGAAGAACGCAUUAUUCGCAUAAACACUCAUCGACCUUUCUUUGCAAAAAAAAAACAAAAAAACAACUUUCCUUUCGUAACUUGUUUGUUUAACUUAUUUUGUACAAAAUGUUCGUAGCUCGUAUAUUAUUCCCACACAGAAGACAUUCCUGCGCGCAAACUAUUCCGAGUGCCCUUAUAAAUCUCUCCUGACAUCUUUGUAAACAGUGUACAUUUUCAGAAAACUCUCACUCACAGAAAGAUAAUUUGUUCUUGCAUGGCACCAAACUGGGAUUUCUUUUUUAGCAUAUGCCCAAAAUCCUGAAUAUUUAGAAAUGUAUAUCUAUUUUUUCCUUGAUGAUUCCUUAUUUAUUUGACGAAAAAGAUGUACAUUUUCGCAUCGCACACACUUUAAUUAAGAACAUUCGUUCAAAUUUUGUUUUGUAUACAAUAGAUUUGAUUCUUGUGCAGUUUUAGCAUGGCUUUCUAGAGACUUUUAGCCUUUAGUUACACAUAAGAAUCUUUUUAAAACCAAACCAAGCGAGUGGAGGGAGUGAGGGCUUUCAGGUCACGUAUCAGGCAGAUAUUUCUUGUUUCAGACCGUCAUUGUCCUCGGACAACAAGAAAAAAAAAGCCCAAAGGUUUUCCCAGUACGAGGAGGUCUCUUUUCUGAAAUCUUCUUGAACAGAGAGCUGAAAAGGUAUUUCAACUGAAGAUCGACAAAGGCAGCAGUCGCAGGUUCAUCCAGGGGACACAUUUCAGCCGCAAGGACUGACCCCAGCACCCCUGACCCGGCGGACAAGCAGCAUUUUCUCUCCCAGGCGCUAUUUUAGUUUGGAGGGGAGAAAAAAAGGCUGUUGGACUGUUUAAAACAAAACUAACGCUUAUUCACAGCAAAGAGACAGUGAAUUCCGCAGGUUUACACGUGUUUUAAUAGUAUUUAUAUCUCCCCCCGCCCCUCCCCGAGGAGACUCUGAUUUGUAUUUGUCUUUCUGCAUUUGUCAAUAUGCAAUUUGUUUUCCUCAAUUUUUAUUUUUGUAAAUGCUUUUUAUCUUGUACGGUCCUUUUGAGAUGUGAGAAGUAUAUAAAAAUAAAGAUUUUUACUGAUUAUUAAUG